AGGGCCGCCCGCUCCUCUGCGCGGCGCCAUGAACCUCAGCGUCAGCAGCUCGGAGGAGAAGGCCGCGAGGACCGUGCUCUGGGGCUGUGAGCUCAGUCAGGAGAGGCGGACUUGGACCUUCAAGCCCCAGCUGGAGGGACAGCGGGACUGUAAGCUGCUGCUGCGGACGGUCUGCUUGGGGGAGAGAGCCAAAGAGGAGGUGAACCGCGUGGAGAUCCUGCCCCCAGCAAGCCAGGACAGGAAGAGGCAGCCCGUCACCAUCGCCUCCCUGCAGGCCUCAGUCCUGCCCAUGGUCAGCUUGAUGGGAUUCCAGCUGUGUCCUCCAGUCACUUUUCAGCUCCGGGCUGGCUCAGGACCCGUGUUCCUCAGUGGCCAGGAAUGUUAUGAUAGUUCAGAUCUAACCUGGGAAGAAGAAGAGGAGGAGGAAGAAGCAGAGGAAGAGGAGGUGGAGGAGGAGGAAGACGAGGAGGAGGAGGAGGAGGAGGAGGAGGAGGAUGCAGACGUGUCUCUGGAGAAGGAGACCCCUGUCAGACAAGUCAAAAGGCUGUUGCCCCAGAAGCUGACCAGUGUGGCUAAGAAAAAAAAGCUGGAAAAAGAAGAGGAGGACGUGAGACCCAGUGUUACCGACAAAAGCCCUGUGAGAAAGGUCAAACCCACACUGAAACCCAAGAAGUCAGGACCCAGGAAAUGAAGAACCAGGGCCUCGGAGACCACCGUGCAGCGUGGGCCUUUUCCAGGCUAAGCUGGGGCUCAGGGCACCCCCCCCACCUGGCCC